GCUCAGUUCCAAUCACUGCACCGGCCUCGCUCCUGUUCCCACAUCUCUCGGCCCCGCCCCACUCGUCUCGUGCAGGUGAUGCUUUUAUGGCAAAGUUAGCAGCUAAUUGGCAAGGUCCUGCUGAAGUAGUGUCACAGGUUAACAGGUUUAAUUACAAAGUAAAAAUGCUAGAUAAUCAGGAUGGCAUUGACCCAUAUUAUAUUGAAAAAUUUAAACCCUUCUUUGGGGCUGUUCAGUCUUUUCCUAAAGGGGAGGGUGUGUAACAGUUUACAUUAUAUUUAUUGUUACUGUGUUUCUUCUCCUCAACACUAGGGGACUAUGUCCUCCAGUAUAAGGGAGAGGACUCCAAUAUAAAGCAGAGAGAGUAAGUAAAGUUGUGGGGUGGUUGGUUUUAAUGGAAAGGCAGGAUGUUUGAGUGAUAGCUCAUUGUCUUCAUCCUUUGUUAGGCCAGAGAUGGGAAAAUGUUUUUCUACUGAAUCCCUGAGCCUUGUGUUAAAUUAAGUGUAUGUUACACAUGGUCUUGAGUCAAGUUGCGCUAUUAGACUAUGAUAAGUUCAACCGAAAAAUGCAUGUGGGAAAUGCCAUUGGAUUAUAUACAGACAGUCUGUGUAUUAUUCAUGGACUGAUUCAACGUGCCAUCGCUGGUAUUGGAAUGCUCUGUAUAAAACUGUUGGCAACGCCAAACAAUGCUGGAAACACAGGUUUUUGUAGAACAUAUUUCAUGGAAUGUUUUGAAGGAACUGAUUUGGACGUAUUAAGGCAAAGGGGUGAAAUGGUUGUUUAUGUGGGGAGGUUGCUUGUUUGUAUAAACUAUGUCACUUUAAUAUAUCAUCAGUAUCAACAACUCAAUGGAUUGUAUCCCAUAUUUUCAUGUUGGUUUUUGCUAAACUGUUUGAAAGAGUUUGUUACAAUUUAAGACAUGUGCCUAGUUCUAUCAUACAUGGACAGUAAAUAAUUACUAAAUAUUGAUACACUGCAUUAUUAAACUUAAACGUUUGUAAUUGGUCCAAAGUUGUCACGACAUCAUUGCUUAAGCAUUCUGAGAUUAUGAGUGUGCAGGUGCAGCCACAUUAUGUGAUCAUUUCCUUGUUGUUAUUCUUUGUAAAAUUAUAUUCUGGAGGGUGUUUGAUCGAUCUUCUACAUAAACAAAAGUUAAGUAAAGAAAUAAAAGGAUUGGGUGUGGUGACAGGUAAAGCAGGUCUCACAGUAUCUCCAGUAAGAAAGUAUAUUUAUUGGACUUGGGAAGCAAAGCAGCUAUUACUAUUAAGGCAGUUUCAGCUGGAACUUCUAUUAGCUGAGACCUGAGAACUGACUUCAGCAAUGGCGGAUCCUUUGUCCUUCCUGGAAGAGGAUUUGACAUGUCUCAUCUGUUGUGAUGUCUUCACCGAUCCAGUCACAUUGAAGUGUAGCCACAGUUUGUGUGAGAAAUGUCUCCAGCAUUUCUGGACGACUCAAGAUGUGCCGCGGUGUCCGGUCUGUCGGAAGGAAUGCUCUCACGACGAACCCACCAAGAGCCUGGCGUUCAGAGCACUCUGUGAGUCCUUCAAGAAGAGGAAACCCUCCGCUGUUUCAGCAGACGUUUGUCCAGAACAUGAAGAAAAGUUCAAACUCUUCUGCUUUGUGGACAAGCAGCCAAUCUGUGUGGUCUGUUACACAUCAAAGAAGCACGAAGAUCACAAGUGUUCACCUGUCAACGAGGCAGCUGGGAAUUUAAAGGAGGAUCUCAAGACACAAAUGGACAGAUUACAGGUGACACUCGGUGGCCUCAAGAAAGCCCAUGAGAGCUGUGUUAAAAAGGUUGAGCUCAUUAAGGAAUGCAUCAGUAUGGAUGAAAACCAGAUAAAGGAGGAAUUUGAGAAAUUCCAUCAGUUUCUGAGAGAUGAGGAAGAGAAACAGAUCAGAUCUUUGCAUAAAGAAAAGAAACCUCAAGAUGAGAAACUCCAGGCAAGAAUGAAGGAGCUCUCCGCACAGAUAUCAGAUCUGUCUGAGAGGAUGGCAGCCGUCUGGCAGGAAAUAGAAACUGAAAACAUCACAUUUCUCCAGAAUUACUGCAACACCCUACAAAGACUCCAAAACCCAUCAGUAGCAAACACAGUCCCUGAACUACAGGAAUAUCAGCACUAUCCCAUUCAGACAAUAAUCUUCACCACAUGGAUCAAAAUGCAGAACCUCAAUGAACACCCUCCUGUCACUCUGGACCCAGACACAGCAUCCAGUAAACUGCUGGUGUCAGAGGAUUGCACCAGUGUUCAUUGUGUGGAAAAUAAAAUGAGUGUGUUUGAUAACCCAGAGAGAAUGUAUGUAGGAGUGCUGGGCUCACAGGGCUUCAGCUCAGGUGUGCACUGCUGGGACGUGCAGGUAGAAAACAACAGUCACUGGACGCUGGGAGUGGUGUCGGAAACAGUAGACCGCAAAAAAAAUUACAAAACGUAUCCGAAGAGGCAUUUCUGGUGUUUUCAUUACAUGAAUUCUACAUACAAGCAAGGAAAUGAUUCUGUCAGCAAUAUUAAUUGCUUUUUUGGGAGGCCAAAUAUCAUCCGACUGCAGCUGGACUUUGAUGAAGGAGAGCUGAGAUUCAUCGACCCUUCUAGAAACAGGAUUCUGUGCACCUACACCGGUGGAUUUCCAGAGAAAGUGUUCCCAUAUUUCUGUACUGAAGAUACGUUAAGGCCACUUAACAUUUUCUUUUCAAAUAAACAAAAAUUGUAAACCACAACUAACACAACAUUUCUUGUACAUAUGUUGUGUUUUGUGCACGUGACAAGAUAAUCCUCAAAUGCAACCUAACGAGUGUUUUUAGGGCCACUGUAUACCAAGCUAAGUGAUCAUUUAAUCAAGUAAUGUUUAAAUGUAUAGGGUGAAGCAUUAUAACUAUAACAAAUUAUUUAAUGUGAUUAUCAAUGAACAAAAAAAUAAAGGCUUUUUG